AUGCCUACUCCUAUUAGUCACAAGUACCACGACGACAUUGAAGAAAAUGGGUUCGUUGUUAUCAGAAAUCUUCUUUCCCCAGAAGAGAUUGAAAAAUAUCUUGAAGCUUCUGAAAAGUUGGUAGAAUAUGCUCGAGCUGGUCACUGGUCUGCCGUUAGAACUACUGAUAAACAAUUUCCACCUUGGCCAAAGAAUUUCAGUCCAAACAUUUGGGGCAUUUCUGGAUUAUUGCAUCCUGAUUUAGGUGAAUUAUCUACUCCAUUUCACGACUUUUAUGGCGAUGAGAAAUUAUUAGCAAUUGUUUGUGAUAUCUUACAAGUUGACAAAUCCCAAUUAUCAAUGGAAUUAUUAAACAUGUUGAUUAACCCAUUGACUGAUUUUGAAUUGGAUUGGCAUAGAGAUACUAUAAAACCAGAAGCUACUCCUGAAGAAGAAGCCAAUGAUCUUUUGAAAUUUCCUUAUGCUGGUGCUCAAUUUAACUUGGCUUUAACGGAAGAUAGUUGUUUGAUUGCUAUUCCAGGCUCCCAUAAUCGUUUACGUACUCAAGAAGAAAGAGAAAAGACUGUUGAUGCAACUAAGCGUAAAGAAUACAUUACCGGUCAAACAGUAGUUGAUUUACAUCCUGGUGAUAUUGUUUUUUACAAUAAUAAUAUUUUGCAUCGUGCUAAAUACUCUUGCAAGCAAAAGAGAUUAACGUUACAUGGAUCAUAUGGUAAUGCUGAGCAAGGUAAAUCAAGAGCCAAGGGUAUAUUGCAACAUGGUGUCGCUGAAUGGUUGCCAAGAUUGGAUACCGAAGGUAAUGAAAACCUAACCAUGAUGAAAGAAAAACUCUCCUCUUUAGUUAAAGAAUUUGAAGGUGUUGAGUUAGGUUACGCUUUAGAUGGUUGA